CAUAAACCACCACCCCUCCACUUCCACUUGAUAAGCAGUCUGGAAUACUUUUGCACUUGGAAUUUCCUACUUGUGUGUUAGAUUGGAGGCUGAUCUGGCUACAUCAGAGUCAGCCUUCUCUUGCAGCUGGCCAGUUCCCACUUGGUGCUCAUGAUAAAGGAAUGUUCCACAGGUUGUUUGGAUAUGUUGAAAUGAGUUACCUAAGCAGAUGACAAAAGUCCCUGAAUUCUAUGCUUAUGCAAGAGGCGGGAGCCUAGAUAACACAUUUUACAGAAGGGAGUUUUUUCCUUGCUGGGCUUAAGGUCUGACUUCAUCACUGCUGCUUUGGCACUGUAGCAUAGGAGUCAACUCCUAGGGGCUGACGUCCCUUCAGGCCCUCAAUAAAAUAUUUGAGGGGGCCCCAGCCCCCCAAAGUUAAUGGUCAUUGCCAAUUAAAUGGUGCACUUGUGCCACAUCUUGUUAUUGAUUUAUGUGGGGAGAGGAUUACCUGCUCCCCCCCCUAUUUUAUUCAAGUUGGCAUUCUUGCACUAAAGUGAUGUUUUUCUCACACUGUGAGAAGCCCUUCACCUGGACAAAAAAACAUCCAGAAAUGCUUGGAACUAGUGUUCAGCUAGGAAGCAAGUCCUACUCAGGGUGAUUCAGAUUGCUGUGUAAAUAUCUGUAGGGCUGCAUUGUAAAGUGACAGACUUAUGUACAUUUACUAUUGAACUCUGGGGAUUUUGCUUCUGAAUAAACACACAAGGUAAGAAUGAAAGCCUUGGCCUUCAGGGCUGAUAGUGGCCCUCCACACCUCUCUUAUCUGGCCCUUGGGAUUCCUCAAGCCAUUCUCCCUUUCCCUAGGUUGCAUUUUCACCAUCGCUGUUCUGAACUUCCUCUGUGCUUCUCCCUAGCUGUGAGGUACCCCUUCACCUCUUGCUUCCCUGGAUGGAGAGAUGGACGGCAAAAUUACAGCGCGAUCCUCUAUAUACCUCCUAAGAAGGAAGUCCCACAGAUAAAUCGGGCAGGUUCCCCCUCUUCAGUUUCUUCCAACUAGGGGGCACCCAAGCCCCGCCCCUCCUGCUGAGACCGCCUCUUCUGCUUAGCCCCGCCCAGCAUUCUGUGGGGAAAGGAACGCGACGUGUCCAUAGAGUUAGCAAUUACUGUACGCAGUCACACUGCUGCAGUUCUUAGCAAUACUUCUGGUCUUGAUCUUUUUUCCUCACUCCUAGCAACAACAAAAAUAGAGUCAUACCUCGGUUUAAGUACACUUCGGUUUGAGUAUUUUCAGUUUAAGUACUCUGCGGACCCAUCUGGAACGGAUUAAUCCACUUUCCAUUACUUUCAAUGGGAAAGUUCGCUUCAGGUUAAGUACAGACUUCCAGAACCAAUUACACUCAUACUUCGGGUUAAGUACACUUCAGGUUGAGUACUCCGCGGACCCGUCUGGAACGGAUUAAUCCACUUUCCAUUACUUUCAAUGGGAAAGUUCGCUUCAGGUUAAGUACAGACUUCCAGAACCAAUUACACUCAUACUUCGGGUUAAGUACACUUCAGGUUGAGUACUCCGCGGACCCGUCUGGAACGGAUUAAUCCACUUUCCAUUACUUUCAAUGGGAAAGUUCGCUUCAGGUUAAGUACAGACUUUCAGAACCAAUUGUGUAGUUAAACCGAGGUACUGUAGGUUGCCGCCGAGUUUUCACCAGAGAGAAUGACAAGGAAAGAGCUACACCGUCCUGCAACCGUAGAGAGACACAGCCUAUGACAGCUCUCUGCUUGUAUCGGAAGUUCUAUUUAUCCUCCCACAGUCGGUGGGGAUAAAUUGGCGCGCCGGAAGUUCCGGGGAUAUCGUCAUCAUCGCUGCGCCGGAGGUAGUCUCGGUGAACGGUGGUCCAUCCAGCUGUAGGAGUGGUUGCUACCGACUUCGAAGAGCUCUUGAGCCAUGGCGUCUCCGGCGAUUCCGCCCCCUCCGCCGCCGGGAGGGCCCCCCGGGGUGCCUGGAGGGGUGCCCGGGAAAGGGCCACCGGCGGCGGCGGCAGCAGGAGGCGGCGGCGCGAAGAGUGGAGAGGAGAGACUGAAGGAAAUGGAAGCCGAGAUGGCCCUGUUUGAGCAGGAGGUGCUGGGAGCUCCAGUAUCCUUGCCUCCUGUUGCCCCUAUGGUAGAAGCUGUCCCAGUUGCCCUGGCAGUGCCAGCUGUGUCUGCAGUCCCCCCGGUCCCUGUCAUGCGACCCAUCAUUGCCACCAACACCUACCAACAGGUCCAGCAGAGCCUGGAAGCCCGAGCAGCAGCAGCAGCCACUGUGGUGGCCCCCAUCGUGGCUCCUCCAGUGCCAUUUGUGGGCCCAGCUGUCCCCCCACAACGGCCCCCCAUCCUCCGGCCGACCUUUGUGCCUCAUGUUCUGCAGAGAUCUGGUGGCCCUCGUCCUCUGCCAAUGCGGCCUCCUCAUCACCAGUCUAUGGUGGGGCCCCCCAUGUCAGGCCCCCAGGGCCCCCCAAUGCUUAUGGGCCCCCCAAUGCAGAGAGCACCUGGCCCGCCCCUAGGGGGAAUAGGGCCCAUGAGAUCUGGUCCCCCGGUUGGGCCAGGGAUCCCCGUUGGUCCUCUGGCGCCGCUGGUGCCUGUUCCUCGACCUGUGGUGGUGCCCCCCAAAGUGAACCCCACUGUCAUCCAGGCCGCUCCGACGGUGUAUUCUGCCCCGCCAGUGAAGAAGCAAGAGGAAGAGCAUCGGGAGCCCCCACCCCCCGUGGUGGAGGAGAAAGAGCCAGUUGGGAUGGAGGAGCCUGUGAUAGGUCCAAGUAUGCCGGAGGCGGAGCCUGCUCCAAUGGUGGAUGUGAGGAGCCUGCAGCCACUACGUGGGCAUGAGCAGCCACCUGUGCGGGGUGGGAAGCGAUCCCGGGGGCCCGAUGUUGGAUUUGUACCUGUCGAGCCUGUUGUAGAGAGCACACCAGAGGACAAGAAGAAAAUGAAGCAGGAAAAGCUCAAGCGCUGCAUCCGCACAGCUGCUGGGACGUGCUGGGAGGACCCCAGCCUACUUGAAUGGGAUUCCGAUGAUUUCCGGAUCUUCUGUGGCGACCUGGGCAAUGAAGUGAACGAUGACAUCCUUGCACGUGCUUUCAGCCGCUACCCCUCCUUCCUGAAGGCCAAGGUUAUCCGGGACAAGCGCACCGGCAAGACUAAAGGCUAUGGCUUUGUCAGCUUCAAGGACCCAAACGACUAUGUCCGUGCCAUGCGGGAGAUGAAUGGAAAGUACGUCGGCAGCCGGCCCAUCAAGCUGCGCAAAAGCAUGUGGAAAGAUCGCAAUAUUGACGUGGUGCGCAAGAAACAGAAGGAGAAGAAGAAGUUGGGGCUGAGGUAACGAGGUGUAGGAUGCCAUUGUCUGCUAUUCACCCAUUGAAGCAAGGAAUUGAGUGUCUGUAGGCCUGUUCGAUCCUGCCCUCUGCUGGAGAAGAAGCAGACCGCAGGAAGAAGCUGCCGGCAGGAGAUCGGAAGUGCUUUGUUACUCCAUCAGUCCAAGGCCUCUUCCGUGUAGAAGAUACGUGCGUGUUCUCUCUUUCUCAAACACAGACAAACCCUUCCCUAUGAGCUCUGCAGUCUAAUAGCAGCUUCGUGGGUUCAGUGCUGAGGAGUCGCAACUUGCAAACUCAGUUGGGGGAUAGUUUGUGCAUAAUGACAACUUCCCUGGACAAAAGUCUUCUUACCCAAUAAAGUUGUGUGUAUCUCUUUUUUUCUUACUACAUCCA